AACAAAUGCUCGGCUCGUUGAUCCGCCCGAUGUGAUGGGGCCCGUGUCUAAUGGGUCGAGAGUAACAGGUGGACCUGGCAGAGUGGUGAAAUUGGCCCACCUGAGCAGACCCAUCAUGCUCCUCCUAUUACAGUAUAUAAGGUGAGAGAGGGGGGUUGGAUUCAGACUCCAGGAACAAGCUGAGGAACUAACAGAAGCUUUCUUUGGAAAGAGAAAAGGAAAGGUUAUAACCAUGAAAAGCAUCCAAUCCCUGGCUGGCAUCCUCCUCGUCCUCGGCUUGGUCCAGAGCAGCUGGCAGGUUCCUCUGCUGGAGGGUGAUGACAGCUCAAGCUUUGAGGCAGAGGACACGUUAGGGGACGAGCCGAGGGAGCUGUCCAACAUGAAGAGACACUCGGAGGGGACUUUCUCGAACGACUACAGCAAAUACCUGGAGGACAGGAAGGCACAGGACUUCGUUCGGUGGCUGAUGAACAACAAGAGGAGCGGUGCUGCAGAAAAGCGCCAUGCAGACGGGACCUUCACCAGCGACGUGAGCUCCUACCUCAAGGACCAGGCAAUCAAAGACUUUGUCGCCAAGCUCAAGUCUGGACAAGCCAGAAGAGAAUCUGGAACGGACAGGCGGGGUGAAGCGUUCAGCAGGAGGCAUGUAGACGGAAGCUUCACCAGUGACGUGAACAAGGUGCUGGACUCCAUGGCUGCCAAGGAAUAUUUACUCUGGGUCAUGACCUCCAAGCCUUCAGGAGAGAGUCAGAAAAGACAAGAGGACCAAUAA